AUGUCAACCUACCUCUCCCCCCAACCCACCCGCCCCUUCACAACCCCACUCACAAUCCCGCGCCCGCCAAACUACAACUACCACGCCUACCACCCCUCCCUCCCCUACAACCCCUACACGCACCGCUCCAACACGCCCCCAUCCCUCUCCCCCUCCCCCGCCCCCUCCGCAGCAUCAUCAACAGCAGCAACAACAACCUCCAUGAUCGAGAUCGAGGAGCUCCCCACAGACACAGACACAGACUCCGCCAUCGCCACGGCCGCCCCCUUCGAGUUCGAGGAGGCGCCGGAGAACUACCGCCGCGGACGCACGCUCGUCUAUGGCUCUGACGACGAGGAGGAGGACGGCGGCGACGACGACGACGAGGACUUGCUGGCCGCGUCGCACAAGAGUAUACUGUAUGGGUUUGAGCGCCUGACGGCCCGCGGAAGCGGCGGCGGUGCGGGGAAGAGGAGCUAUGCGGAGAGUGUGGGGUCCGUUAGUAGUGGCGGUAGCUGGGGCGAUAGUGGCAUCGAGUCGGAGGGGGAGAGCGGCGGGGAGGAAGUGGUGGAGGGGGGGAGGAGGAAGGUUAGGAGGGUGCACCACCGGGUGGCUAAGCCUGCUGCGGCGACGGUGGGGGGUGGGUUUGGGUUUGGGUAUGGGUAUGGGUGUGGGUGGGAGGAUAAUGAGAUUGAUAUGGAGCUGUAG